GGCGGGCCUCCUCAAGUGCAUCGGCGCUCGGCAGCACCGGGCAUGUCGUGGCCGCUCUGUUAUCUGUCACCGUCACCCCUCCGGCUCCAUGGCAAACACCGCUGGCAAACCUUCGCGCAGGAGCCGAGCAACAAGCGCAGGUGCUUCCCGGCCUCGCGAUCGUAUAUAAGUACCCGCCUGCCGCGCCGCCUUGUUCCCACGCAAGCACGGGAGACGCGGCUGCCUGACUCUGCUUCCGGUUCCAUGGCGCGCUUCGCUGCCGUUCUCCUCGCCGCCGCCGCCCUGCUAGCGGCUGGACGGCUGAGCCAUGCGGCGCCGUCGACGGCCGAGGUGUUCUGGCGCGCCGUCCUGCCGGGCUCCGCCGUGCCGGACGCCGUUCUCCGGUUCCUCCGCCCCGACAGCUUCGUAAGCAAAGCCGAGGCGGAGGACGCGGAUCGGUCAAACUCUCCGUUUGAUUACCAGAACUACGAGCGCUCAUCUGCACCGUACGGCUACGACUACAAGGCGCCGGACAAGGGCGCCGCGGGCGGCGGCGGCGCCAGAGACGACACGCCGUUCGGCUACGACUACAAGGCACCGAGCAAGGCCGCCGCGGACGGCGGUGGCUCCAGAGCCGACACGCCGUUCGGCUACGACUACAAGGCGCCCGGCGGGCACCGCCACGCAGGCGGCGACGCGCCGGCGUCGGCGACGACGACGGUGUUCUUCCACGAGGAGGCGGUGCGCGUGGGCGAGCGCCUGGCGUUCCGCUUCCCUGCCGCGUCGCCCGCGCCGCUCGGGCUCCUGCCGCGCCACAUCGCGGACGCCAUACCGUUCGCGGCGCCGUCGCUGCCGGCCGUCCUCGCGCUGCUCGGCGUCGCCCCGGGCUCCGCGCAGGCCGCCGCCAUGGCGAGGACGCUGCGCGCGUGCGAGACGCCGCCGCUCGCCGGGGAUCCCAAGUUCUGCGCCACGUCGCUGGAGGCGCUGGUCAAGGGCGCCGUGGCGGCGCUGGGCACGCGCGACGUCCGGGCGGUGACCUCCACUCUGCCCCGCGCCGGCGCGCCUCUGCAGCCGUACACCGUCCGCGCCGUGCGCCGCGUCGGCGGCGCCGGCUUCGUGGCGUGCCACGACGAGGCGUACCCGUACACCGUGUACCGGUGCCACGGCACCGGCCCGGCCAGGGCGUACAUGGUGGAGAUGGAGGGCACCCGCGGGGGCGCGGUCACCGUGGCCACCGUCUGCCACACCGACACGUCCCGGUGGAACCCGGAGCACGUCUCCUUCAAGCUCCUCGGCACCAAGCCCGGCGGCGCGCCGAUCUGCCACCUCAUGCCGUACGGGCACAUCAUCUGGGCCAAUAACGAGAAGCGCUCGCCGGCUUAAGGAGCGGAGCACCAUUCUGCCGUAGUAUUUCUGAUCGAUGCCGUAUCUAUUUUAUGUGUUGUUGUUCAUGCCACCUAGUCUGUCUGCUCUUGUACCUCUGCAGUUCGUGGUCAGUACUCACUACUCACUAGAGCAGCGUCUGCAAUAAAAGGACUGAUAGUGCUUUGCAUUUACACGAACACUUCGUGUUAAUCUACUGUUGAACCAA